AUGUCGAAUCUUCGCCUUCGGUUGAAGUAUAUGGACAAGUCUUCAGUUGCAACCAUUCCUGUUGAUGCUUCAGUAAAAAGCUUCUUGGAAACUGCAGCCGCCACAUUUUCUCUUACUCCAGACUCAAUUUCUAUUAAGUUCGGAUUUCCUCCAAAAGAUAUUCCGUUACAUGAUUUGGAGUCGCCUAUUUCCAAUGUGAUCUCUUCCGGACAACAGAUUCUAGUCGUUAAAUCUCCGUCAACUACAACAAAUCCAUCCACUUCAGCUUCAAAUGCGCCUCAAGCUGUCUCUAGACCUACCGAAAAAUCUCUCAAUGCAACAACCUUACCAAGUACUCAAGCAUCUACCAAUGGUUCUCAAGAUCCUCCUUACGUGAACACGCCGCUCGGGGACAUUGCUCUUCGAGUAAUGCCUGAUGAUAACUCUUGUCUUUUUCGUGCCUUAUCUAAACCCUUGGGGUCCUCUCCUUAUGACCUUCGCGAAGUAGUCGCCAGCACUGUUUUGUCUAAUCCCGAGUUAUACUCUACAGCGGUUUUGGGAAAACCUCCGAUGGAAUACGCUACAUGGAUUCGUAAGGAGUCGAGUUGGGGUGGCUAUAUCGAGUUGUCCGUCCUUUCCGCUCAUUUCAACAUAGAAAUUUGCUCUGUUGAUGUUCAGACUGGGCGUGUCGAUUCUUACAAUCCCCAACCAGCCACUGGUCAGCGGACUUUUAUCGUUUAUUCUGGUAUCCAUUAUGAUUUAGCCGCUUUGGCUUCUGUACUUUGGGAUACAGAUGCCGAUAUUAUUUUGUUUGAUGCUACAGAUGAUACUACUUUACCAUAUAUACAACAACUUGCCUCCUUAUUGAGAAAUAUGCAUUAUUAUACAGAUACUGCAUCGUUUACAAUUCGUUGCAACAUUUGCGGUGCAGGUUUAGUAGGUGAAAAAGACGCUUCUGCGCAUGCUAUGGCUACUGGUCACGUUCAAUUCGGCGAAUAUUGA